AUGUCUCCUGCAGCUGCUGCCGAGCCAGAUGGGGCCCAGGGAGACAGGCACGUCACCAAGCUCAUUUUCUUCCUUUUUGUCAUUGGUACCAUCCUGCUGUGUGUGGGAGUCCUGCUCUCCAUCUUUGGGUUCCAGGCGUGCCAAUACGAAAGCCUCCCAGACUGCAGCAUGGUGCUGAAGAUCUCCGGGCCCGCGUGUGCUGUGAUUGGGCUGGGGGCUGUGGUCCUGGCCCGCUUCCGGGCACGACAUCAGCGAAGUGAGGAGCGCCUGCGAGGCAACCAGGGGGCCUCCGACCGAGCCUUCCUCUGUGGAGAGAGUCGCCAGUUUCUCCAGUGUCUCAUCUUUGGGUUUCUGUUCCUGGCGAGUGGUAUGCUCAUCAGUGUACUGGGCAUUUGGGUCCCCGGGUGUGACUCAGACUGGGCACAGGAACCGCUGAAUGAGACAGACACUGCUGACUCAGAGCCCCAGGUCUGUGGAUUCCUGUCCCUGCAGAUCUUGGGACCCUUGAUUGUGCUUGUGGGAUUGUGUUUCUUCGUGGUUGCCCAUGUUAAGAAGAGAAACAACUUGAAUGUGGGCCAGGAUGCUUCUGAAAGUGAAGAGAGACAGACCCAGAACGUGGAGCCCAUCCAGGUCACUGUAGGUGAUGCCGUGAUCAUAUUCCCACCUCCUCCACCACCUUACUUUCCUGAGUCUUCAGUUUCUGCAGCUACUCGGAGUCCUGGGGCUGACAGUUUGCUCCCAAGUGAAAAUCCACCUUCAUAUUACAGUAUUUUUAACUAUAGGAUCCCAACUCCCGAGGGCCAAGGCGCAGCCUCUGAGAGAGAUUGUGAACCUAUAUAUACUAUUUCUGGGACCGCUUCAUCCUCUGAGACCUCUCACACUCCCUGUCUCUCAUCCGAAUUGCCUCCCAGAUACGAAGAAAAAGAAACUGCUUCCACCACAUCCUUGUCUCCAUCUUCUGAGCCUUCCCCACCAUGA